CUCCAUUAAUUUGUGAUGUAUCUAGUUUAAAUGUUUUAUAUCAAAUAUAGUGUUUUAUAAAACUGCUACAGUUCUGCUAAAACUUUAUCACGAAGCCGAAAUGCUCAGUGUCAAUGAGCAAGAUGAUAAAAAGUUACGGGGCCAUCAGCGCGCUCCCUCCGGCUCUCGAGAAUUCCGCGAACUGACCAAGCGGGAUGCUCUGGUUCAUUUGAGGCACGAGCUGGACAGGUUGUUGAGGACGGUGUCUUCCACUCACCACCAAAAUGCAGGAAGCGGCGCCAAUUCAAGCAAUAGUUGUGCAACUCCUACUGUUGAUCGGUCUCUCGACUUCAACAACGUAGAUGAACACAAACCAUCAAAUAUUCAAUCAAAUACUGGUGAUUUUGCACCUUCUCCAAGCUCCAGUUCUGAUAGAGUUAGGCAAUUAGACGAAUUUGCAAAACUAUAUGAAAGAUUUUUAUUAGAAGAUGGACCUUCAGUGGACUGGGAGAAAAUUGAGAAGCUGCCAGAGAACGCCGUUCUUAGGUACGAUGGGUUGCCUUCUCCAGCAUUUGAAAGCAUUCGAGGAAUGUUAGAAAAAUUGGUUGUUGUGAAAUUGAAUGGUGGUCUCGGUACAUCAAUGGGUUGCUAUGGACCAAAAAGUGUGAUAACUGUUAGAAGCGAUCUUACAUUUUUGGAUCUUACUGUUCAGCAAAUUGAGUAUCUUAACAAGACUUACAACUGCAAUGUGCCAUUAGUUUUAAUGAAUUCAUUCAACACCGACAGUGAUACUGAAAAGGUUAUAAGAAAAUAUCGUGGUUUCAAGGUGGAAAUUCACACAUUCAAUCAAUCGUGCUUUCCAAGAAUAAACAGGGACACUUUAUUGCCUAUUGCCAAGAACUGUGACAUCCAGAGUGAUAUGGAAGCAUGGUAUCCACCCGGUCACGGCGAUUUUUACAAAAGUUUUUGCGAUUCUGGCCUUCUGAAACGAUUUAUAGAAUCUGGUCGAGAAUAUUGUUUCCUGAGCAAUAUUGAUAAUUUAGGUGCCACUGUAGAUCUAAAUAUUUUAAAUCACCUUUUGCGGCCAGAAGGCAAUGGUGGUCAGGAAUCGCCUGAAUUUGUAAUGGAGGUUACCGACAAAACAAGGGCCGAUGUAAAGGGUGGAACGCUCAUACAAUAUGAAGAAAAACUGCGGUUAUUGGAAAUUGCUCAAGUGCCUCCUGAACAUAUCGAUGAGUUCAAAUCAGUAAAAACGUUCAAAUUUUUCAACACUAAUAAUCUUUGGGUCAAACUAGAUGCUAUUGAUAGAGUUUUAAAUGAGCAUACGCUGAAUAUGGAAAUCAUAAUAAACACAAAACAUCUGGACAGUGGUGAAAAUGUCAUACAACUUGAGACGGCUGUAGGAGCAGCAAUGAAAUCUUUUGAUAGAGGAAUAGGUAUAAAUGUGCCCCGAAGUCGUUUCUUGCCAGUGAAAAAGACAUCAGAUUUGCUGUUAGUCAUGAGUAACUUAUACAAUCUUAAAAAUGGAACUCUGGUCAUGUCUCCUCUGAGAAUGUUUCCUACGACGCCACUCGUCAAACUUGGUGACAAGCAUUUCGCUAAAGUUAAAGACUUCUUGUCCAGAUUUGCCAAUAUGCCGGACAUCUUGGAAUUGGAUCACUUAACUGUUUCAGGCGAUGUUACAUUUGGCAGAGGAGUUAGACUAAAAGGGACUGUGAUUAUAAUUGCGAAUCAUGGUGAUAGAAUUGACAUUCCAAGCGGAGCGAUUUUGGAAAACAAAAUCGUUUCUGGCAAUAUGAGAAUUUUGGAUCAUUGACACUAUUUUACUAUAUUAUAUGUUAUAUAUUAUUGUUAUGCUUUAUAUUGUUAUUUAAAUAUUUCGUAUGUACGGUAAUGUGCAAUAAAAUCUAUAAGUUAGACUA